UAUUCACUCAUAAUGGGUCCGAGUUUGGUGGGCCGGGUGACAGUGGUCACAAAUUGUUGUACGGCAAUGGGUAAAGCAAUCAGCCGAAGAUUGGGUAAGGCCGGAUCACGGCUGGUCAUUGCAGAUUCGCAUGCCGAGAAAUUAGAUGCGUUCGAAAAAGAGUUACGAAAUGACGGCUGUGAAAUCGUUGCUGUGCAGGGGAUUACUGAUUUAAGGAGUAAUCAGCAGCGUUGUAAGCUUAUCAAUGAGUCAUCAAAAAGGUUCGGUGGAAUUGAUUAUUUGAUCGCGAAUAUGGGUGAGAAUAAGAUUCGUGGAAAUGUGAUGGAUGUGAGUGCAGAUCAAUUUGACGAAAUGAUGACAAAGUACGUAACGGUGCCAUUUCGUCUUGUCCAACAAACAAUGCCAUUGCUGGAAAAAUCUGGGCGUGGAUGUGUGAUACUGCUUUCAUCGAUAAGUUCUUUCACACCGUUUAUUGAUUGUGGUUUAUAUUCGAUCGCACAAAACGCGGUCGUAUCGAUGUGCAAGGCAUUAUCAGUCAGUGCUGCAUGUCGUCGUGUUCGUGUCAAUUGUGUUGCAACGGGUUUUGUUCAGCACGAUGGCUCGGCUGCUAUCUGGGAUAAGUCCUCUCACGAUGAUCUUCAAAAUUUGAGUACUAUGAUCCCAAUUGGACGAUUAGGAAGACCGCAGGACUGUACGGGUGUUAUACAUUUUUUGUUAUCCGAUGAUGCGAAGUACAUAACUGGUGAAAAUACGAUUGUUAAUGGAGGAUUAAUCUCUGAUCAUCUGAUGCAUUUUCAAUACUCAGCUAACGAUGACCCAGCGAGAGUUGACGAAUUUUUCUUGUUGUCGAAAAAGAAAUCAUUAGUCUCUGUGCUGACCGUAAUAUCUAAUAGUAUUAGUUUAGGUAUGUGGGGAGUGUCAAAAUGGAUAACUGGUCCGAGGAGUAUAAGUAUCAAGAGAAGGCUUCGUUUGGAGUAUUCAACAAAAGCGCUCUCAAUUUCAUCGGAUGAAUAUAUGCAAAGACGUCGUAUGCUGGUUGAACGAAUCAAAAAUGCAUCUGCAUCUCGGAACGACUCAAUCACAAGCUCAUCACAAACACCACUCGUAAUCGUCACACCCUCUGCCCAACAGCAAUUCUCAGCUCCAGACGUCCCAUAUCCAUUUCGACAGUGUUCUUAUUUUCGUUAUCUGUGUGGACUUCCCUUAUCUGACGCCACACUAACUAUUGUUGCUCAACCAAAUCAAAAGGCCUUUACAACAUUGUACUUUGAUGGACGUAGCGCUCAUGAAGAGUUAUGGGAAGGACCAACGAUGAGUAAUGAAGAAAUUAUCUCGAUUUCGGGUAUUGACGAGGUUAAAAAACGCAGACACCUUUAUGAGGACCUUGAUCGAAUGAAUUCGAAUUCUGUUCUUUCAUUUGAUUUCAAGCAAUUCCCCAAUAAAAAUGCAGACAUCAUUAAGGUGAUGAAUGAAUUCGCGAAGAAAGUUCCAUUGCGUGAACACAUCGAUUGUCUUCGGUGGAUUAAGUCGGAAAGCGAACAAAAUCUGAUGAAAAAGACAUGCGAUAUUGGUGCACGUGCAAUGAACGCGAUGAUAUCUCGCAGUCGAUCGUCAUCCAACGAAAAUCAAAUCGUUGGUCGUCUCGAAUUUGAAUGUCGUCAUCGUGGUGCCUCCUGCCUAGCGUAUCCACCAGUUGUUGCUGCUGGUAAUCGUGCGAAUACCAUUCAUUAUCUUGACUGCACCCGAGUUCAUGCAUUGAAUGAUGUACAGUCAAAAUUAUUGAAUAUUACUAUGAAUGUAAGACCACUUCAACUGAAUGAACUCUAUUUCGCAAUGCUUGAUAUUCUUUCGAAGAAUCUUCAACAAAUCGGAUUAUUCAAGAACACAAUCAAUCAGCAAGAACUUAUAACGCUAACAGAUAAGAUAUGCCCACAUCAUGUGAGCCACUACUUGGGUAUGGAUGUUCAUGAUACUGCUACCGUCCCUCGAAAUAUCCCACUUCAGCCAGGCGUUAUAUUCACUGUUGAACCGGGAAUAUAUAUACGUGAAGACAAUGAAUUAGUUCAUGAAGAGUUUCGAGGUAUUGGACUGCGUAUCGAAGACGAUGUGUUAGUAACCGAGAAUAGUGUGGAAAUUUUAACGAAGCACAGUGCAAGACAAACGAAUGACAUUGAAUAUCUUAUGAAGUUAUAA